AUGAAAUUCAACAACGCAUCAUGCGGUGGAAUUCCUGCCGUAAACGCUUUGCUUUCAAAACCAACAUACACGGUCAAAAUAUUCCCCACGACUCACAUCGAGAAUAUUCCACAAUCUUCGCCAGGAGAGAUCCCAACAGAAGUUCAAAAGCUCUGUACAUGGGCAGCACAUGUCUGGCAUCACGGACACACAAGUAAUCCAAUCUCUAAUGAAUCGAAAGAUUCUAUCUACAGGAGAGACCAGUGCAAGGACGGGUGUGUUGGCUAUAUCUACUCUUGGGCUUGUAAAAAGGGAUGGAAAGCGGGUCAUGUAUUCGUGGACGUUUUAUGUGGAAGUGAAUGCAUAACUUGCCCUGGGAGUAGUGGUUCCAAUUCGCCAACCACGAUGCCUAAACUUCAAAGUAAAGAUGGUGCGAGAUCAGGAUAUUGUUAUACAUGUGAAAGUGGAAGAUGGAUGGACAGAUCCACUAUGUAUAGAGUGGAAGACUCUGUUACAUUUAGAUCCGGAAGAGCUACUGCAUUUGAGAGAGUUAAAUAUGGAAUUGAAAGGCCUCUUGUAUAUGGGUUAUAA